ACACAUAAUAUUCAAGUCAAACGCGAUUUGAGGAAAGUACCGCUACAGAAUACAUCUUCCUAAAACGAGAUAACUGCUAAUUGGAGAGAUCAAGAGGAAGCAACUACCAACUGUGAUAAUAUACCAUGUAGAACAACCAUUGUGCAAUUUUUGUCAUCACUAAAUCUUCUAAGUUAAGAAAAGCUUCAGCAAUUUCUUCUGAAAUAAGUAAAACAUUAAAGGAAACGAUGGCUGUAAAUCUGAGGUGGAACAGGACACAUAAUUUGUGUUUAUCUGUAAUAUAUAUAUUAGCCACACUACAACUAACACUCGGCCUCGCUUUGCCUCGAAUCAAUGUGCCUUCCAAUGCCUUGCCAGGAUUUAAAGUGACUGAAGUAAAGAAAAGUGGGCAGUUUUCAGAACUUCUUUCAGACUCCGAUGUUCACAAUCUGUUCCAGAUAGCUGAAAAUGGUGCUUUGGAAAUCAAGAACUCACUCGAGCACCUGGCCAACAGUGACAUUGCUCUCAAAGUUAGACACACACUUCGAGGUCAGUCAUGGGACGAUCUCUUAAAUUUACAUGUCGAGGACACUUCUCUUGAAUUUUCAAAAAAGUCGUACAGAGGAUACGUCUUUGAGAGCCACGAAGCAAUCCAGGAAGUAAUGGGUCUGGAUGAUCUCCAGAUAGCUUCAACAAAGCCUGUAUCAUACCAGCUGGCUGGAGAGGACAGUGCUAAUUUCAGGCUUCAAGUCAAUCCUGAAGGCAGAGUUCAGAUCUUCACCUCUGUUCCUGUGGAUAGUGAGACAACCUCACAAUUUCAUAUGGAAAUUAAAGCUUCAGCUCAAGACCUCCUUGGGAACCCACCCCUCAUGUCUCUUCCUGCAGAGGUAACCAUUAUCGUUCGUCCAUUGUCCAACAAUUUUCGUCCGUUUGGGGAUGACAUAAUGUAUCCUCCCAAUGAACCUGUGAAGAUGGUCCGUGUCCGGCGAGACGUCCUUCCUGGAGAGUCUGUCAAUCUUACAGAGUCGACAGCAAUGGACACUGUUGUCCACACGAUCACAGAAACAGGUGCUGAUCUGCGCUACGCCAUGGGGACUCCCGUCAACGACAAGUUCUCCAUUGAUGAGAUGUCUGGAGAUGUGACACUUUUACAAAGUGUGGAUUAUGAAGCCUAUAGUACCAAUCCCCAGGAAAUACUAAAUGUGCAGAUCACAAAUACUUCUGAUCCUGAUGCACUUGACACAUUGGUGGUGACCUUUGACAUCCUGGAUGCCGAUGACCUCCCGGUCUGGACCAUGCCGGUGUACCCCUACAUCGCUGUGGUGCCUACGGAUGCCCCCAAUCAGGCCUGCAUCUACACCCUCGAAGCCUCUGACCAAGACUUGGGAAGCGACAUCACUUACUCUUUGAGGGCAGGUGGAGAUGGCGCUUUCACUGUGGGCGAAACAGAUGGCUGCGUUUACACGGCCAUCGUAAGCGGGUUUCCGGGCUACGUGCAGGAUCUAGAGUACAUUCUCAGCGUGAUGGCGACGGGUACGAGCGGUAGUUUUGAUGGAGGGGUAACCGGGACCGUCCGCGUCUACGGCGGCUCGUACCCACCUCAGUUCAGCCAAGAAGAAUACAGUGCUUCGGUGCUGGAGGACCAGGCUAAUCAGGCGGUCAUCCAAGUCACAGCAUCAUCCUUCUCACGCAACGUUCCAUUGACCUACUCCAUCGUCGGCCCAGAAAACAGACCCUCCCACACCAUCAACGCCAACGACGGUACCAUCACUCUCGUAGACGCCAUCUUAGCAGAGGAUCUGCUAUCCUACUUCUUGACAGUGAGGGCCACGGAACAGGUGGUUGAUGGACUCUCGUCUGAAGUUAGGGUCAAUGUGAUGGUUGAAGAUGUUAACAACUGUGUUCCUACUUUUGGACAAGACAUUUUGAGUUUCAAUGACGUUCUCGAAACAACCGCUAUUGGAGAGCCCGUUGGUACAGUUACGGCUACCGACUGUGACGUGGGGCCAAACGCGGAGCUGACCUACUCCAUCACCACCCCAAACAGCGGCUUUACGAUCGGCAGCGACACAGGGGUCCUCUCCCCCGCCGUCGUCUUGGACUACGAGGAAGGGGACCGCUACUACACCUUUGCCAUCACCGCCACCGAUGGGGGAACCCCCCAGCUGAGCAGCACCGCCACCGUGGUCAUCUCCAUCGCCAAUGCCCCGGAGGCUCCCUACUUCACGCCGCCCUCGUACAGGUUCAGAAUGGACGAGGUUGCACAGGUCAACUAUGAAGUGGGAACGGUGUAUGCAAGCGACGACGAUGUAAACGACGUGCUGACCCUUUCCAUCGAUGGUGGAGAUGGCACAUUCAGGAUCGACCAAUUUGGAGUUAUCUCUGUGGCCAGAGCAGCAGUCGAAUCUAGCUAUAUGUUUGCUGUCGUGGCUAGCGACAUAGCGAACAACGAAGCCAAUGCCACCGUUGAAAUCUCUGUCACCGAUCUCAACGACAACAUUCCAAUAUUUCCAGAGUGUGAUAAUUACAGAGGAGAAGUGUCUGAAGAUGCAACCAUUGACACAGACGUCAUAACGGUGACAGCGACAGACUCAGACCAGGGAUCCAACGCCGAGAUUAGUUACAAGCUCUCGUCUAACAGUGAUGCAAGCCGGUUCUUCCGGGUUGACCAGAACGGCCUCAUCACCACCAAUACCUUGCUGGAUCGCGAGACCACUGCAGUGUUUGAGGUGACAGUUGAAGCAGAGGAUGAUGGGAACCCCGCUCUGACAGGGUUCUGUACGUUCACCGUCGAAGUGACGGAUGUGAACGACAACUUCCCUGCAUUUCCUUUCACGGGAUAUCAAACUUCAAUAUCAACCAGUGCAGCAUCUGGUGAUGAAGUAAUAGAAGUGCGAGCUGAUGAUCUGGAUUUAAACUCAGAUUUGACAUACUCUCUAAGCGCUGCAGAUGGUGGUGAAUGCGAUACUGGAUAUUUUACCAUUUUCCCUGCUACUGGAAGCAUCAUUGUUAGACAAGACCUUACUCCACUAAUAGAAUUUGGAAGCCCAAAUGAACAAGAUUGCAUUGUGACGGCAACCGAUGUUGGUGGCCAAGCUACUGAUGUUCCCGUACAAAUCGACGUUAGAAGCAGCGAUGACGACACCUACCAAGUCCCAACGUUUUCUGCUACAUCGUAUCAAGUCACCAUCAAUGAAAACUCAAUGUCACAGGAAGUCUUACUGGUGUCUGUUUUAGGAGCUGCCCAAGUUGGAUUCAAUAUCAUUCGUGGGUCACGCCCAUCCACCAACUACAAUCGUAAUUUUGGCUUGAGUAACGAUGAUGAUGAGUUCACAUCAAGUUACAUUACCGUGUUGGAGGCUCUUGACUAUGAAUCUGUUACACGGUACGAUUUGAUAGUAACAGCUAGGUACCCAAACUCGCCCUACACCGUGGAGACCAACGUAAUCAUCGACAUCCUGGACGUCAACGACGAGACACCCAUCUUCCCUGCAUUCACAUUCUAUGGAAACAUUGCAGAAAACCAACCACUACCCAAUUUAGAUCCUGUCAUUACAUUGGAGGCCACAGAUUCAGAUGUAACUCCAGAGUUCAGCCAGAUUGUGUACAGUAUUGACGGCGAUCAGACGGACUUCAGGAUCGAUGCAAACUCGGGAGCAAUAUUCGCUAUAACUGAAUUCGAUCGGGAAGCUGUGGCCGAAGAUACCAUUCCACUCACAGUCAUAGCAUCGGAUGGUAUCAAUGAGAGUAGGGCUACUGUCUUCAUUACCAUUGUGGAUGAGAAUGAUAACCAGCCUGAGUUCAAUGGCACCUUCAGCUUCGAUGUUUCCGAAGAUGUAGAGAUGGGUUAUGAGAUCGGCAUGGUCACAGCCACAGAUGCAGACAUCUCCGAGGACUUGGAGUACUUCAUCAGUGGAGGCAACGUUGGCGGAGCCUUCACAGUGGUCGCCAACACCGGUGCCAUCCGCAAGGCGGGCGUCCUGGACUACGAGUCGCUGACGUCGUACUCGUUGGACUUCAGCGUCAAUGAUGGCUUUAAUACUGAGACCACCACUGUUGUUGUCAAUGUCAUCAACGUCAAUGAUGUAGCACCGCAGUUCGGGGAGUCUUCCUACUCGGUCACUGUGCUCGAGGAGGACGAUUCCGAUAUUCCUAGAGUCCUUCUGACGGUCGCUGCCACUGAUGGAGAUGCAGAUGCGGUUGCUGAUGCGGUAGUCUACGAUUUGCUCGGAACCGGAGCCGGCACCCUCUUCACCAUCGACCCCCAGACCGGCAACAUCACCCUGACUGGCGUGCUGGACCGCGAGGAGAUCCCCCGCUACGUCCUGUCUGCCAUGGCGACGGAUGACAACGGAAACGGACUCUCCAGCUACGUGGAUGUCAUCAUCGAAGUGGAAGACAUAAACGACAAUUUCCCUUUCUUCCCCGAUCAGGAAUACGUGGGCAGUGUCGAUGAAAACAUGCCACCGAACACCCCGGUGCUGGCUGUGGUUGCUGAGGAUCCAGACACUGCAGAUAACCUGGUAUAUUCCUUCCCCACCCCAAACAGCGACUUCAACAUUGACCCCGACACUGGAGAAAUCACAACCGCGAUACAGUUGGAUAGAGAGACUCCGCCUUCUGAAUACGAACUUGAGGUCCAAGUUACUGAUGGAACUAACACAGCCACUACACCAGUCAUCAUCACCAUCAACGACGUGGACGAUAACAGGCCGGUGUUCACUCAAGACCCCUUCCCCCCUGCCUCCGUCUUGGAAACGGAACCCGUUGGUACGACCAUCACCACCGUACAGGUCACCGAUCCCGACGUUGACCACAUGGACAAGGUCGUGUUCACGAUCAAUAGUGGAGAUGAUGCUGACCUGUUCAGGAUCGUCCCGGACGCAGCCACGCUCUCAGGACUCAUUCAAGUCAAUAAGCCUCUGGACUUUGAGAGUGGGAAUGCGAAUGACUUCACGCUGACGAUCCAGGUAGAAGACUCUCAGGGCACCAUCGGUACCCCCCAGACGACGACCAUCGAGAUCUCCAUCGAGAAUGCCAAUGACCUCGCUCCUGUGUUCGAGGAGGAUAUGUACGCAGGGGCGGUGUCGGAAGGUGCUGAUGUCGGAAGCCAAGUGGGCACUUUCACCCUGACUGCCACCGAUGGGGAUGAGCCGGGUGGAGUGCUGAACUACGUGAUUGACCCCUCCACAGAUCCAGAAGGCCAGUUUGGUAUUGAUGCCAACCAGCGGCUCGUGGUCGCAUCGCCCCUGGAUAGGGAAACCGUCGCCAGCUACGAGCUUAAGGUCUAUGCCGUCGAUAACGGUGAUCCUCCAAUGUCGGGCACUGCGACCAUCAACGUUGUGAUCGAGGACGUGAACGACACGCCUCCUCGUUUCGCGGAAGACUACACCCCGUCGGUGAAAGAGAACUCUGAUGCAGUGGCGGAGGUGGUGAGCGUGAGAGCUGUAGACGACGAUGACCCAGCCUCUGGACCGCCUUUCCUAUACCGAGUGGCAGGAACACCCAACGAAUGGACGGACUACUUCACAAUAGAAGGACUAGGGACAGAAACCAGCGGGGACAUCACCAUAAGCACCAGCGGGAGAGCUAUCGACCGCGAAGCUAUUCCGUAUUUUGACAUCGUGUUUCUGAUAGAAGAAGUGAACACAGACGAACGGUUGACCGGCACCCAGACCCUGUCUAUAAUGGUGACGGAUGUCAAUGACAAUCCACACCUCGCCGCUACCAAGAAUAUCCUGGUCUAUAGCUACGAAGGUGAAAUCCCUGAGGUAUCUCUUGGCAACAUCCCAACGACCGGGGUAGGAAAGGUCGCAGUAGAGGAUCCUGAUAUCCUAGAAGACAAGACCUACACUGCAGAAGGAGAGUUUCCAGACGGUUUCCAACUGGAUACAGACACCGGUGAUAUCGUCAUGCUCGAAGGCACCCCAGCCGGCAUCUACACCAUGCAAGUCAUGGUUUCCGAUGGCGGCAUGUUCCCGGACGUCGUCUCAACGGUCAUAGUGACGGUCAAGGAUAUCCCGCAGGAAGCCGUCUUCAGCUCGGGGUCCAUCCGAUUCUCCGGCACGACAGCGGAGGAGUUGAUCGAUCCCAACGCCGAGGGGGUCAGCAAGCUGGACAGCCUCAAGGUCAUCCUGGCCGAGGCUGCGGGAGCCCAGCUGGAGAACUUUGAUAUCUUCAGCGUGCUGAACGUGGAGGGUAUGGAGAGGACGGUGGAUAUCCGGUAUGCUGCUCACGGAUCACCCUACUACCCCGCGGACAAGCUGGAUCUGGCUGCGCUCUCUGUAUCGGAUCAGAUCGCUGCUCUAGGAUUGGACAUCGCCCAGCUCCCUGUCGACCUGUGUGUGAAGGAGAAUGUCUGUGAGUCCUCCUGCACCAAUGUCCUGGUGGUGGAUCCCACACCCACCGUGGUGGACUCUGGCUCCGCCUCCUUCGUGGCAAUCACGUCUGUACUGCAGGCUCAGUGUAUAUGCGGCGCCAGGACGGAAGCUCCGGGUUCUUGCGAUUCCAUUCCCUGCCUCAAUGGAGGCACUUGUGUUGAUGUCCAUGGUGGAACUUACAAAUGCGAGUGUCCUUACCUGUUUGACGGACCAAACUGCCAGCAGACCAAGCGUAGCUUCAACGAUGGCUACGCCACCUUCUCUACCCUGAGGCAGUGCGAGGAGACCAGCCUUUCCAUCGAGUUCAUCACAGAGACUCCCAGCGGUACCCUCUUCUACAACGGUCCCAUCCAACCCACCGAGGUUGACGAUGCCAUCGAUAUGAUCCUUCUGGAGCUGACGAAUGGCAAGGCCAAGCUCACCAUCAACCUGGGAUCGGUUGAUGGAACCACCCUUAACCUGGAGCUGGAGGUGCCUAAGGAUAACCUGGGAGAUGGCCAAUGGCAUCGUAUUGAUGUAUACCGCAAUGGAAGGUCUGUUGAGAUGACAGUAGACCGAUGUGAGGAUGCACCCUUCGCAGAAACCUCAUCCUCAUCCACGCUAGAUACCUCCAACUGUCGUAUCAGUGGAGAAACACCAGGCGAGAACAAAUUCCUGAAUGUAAACACACCUCUAUUCCUGGGAGGCAUGAGUCCUGAUUACAACCCGGACGUGGUCGUUCCAGGAGGAUUCGAUGGCUGCAUCAAGAACCUCGUCUCUGAUGGUUUCCUCUACGACCUCGCCGAUCCUGGAAUAUUUGACAAGAGUGACUCGGGAUGCUUGCGUACCGAUGGGCAGUGCACAGUAGACGGCGAACCUGUCUGUGAAAAUGGAAUCUGUGAGGCCGAUCUUGGCAGUUUCGUCUGCAUCUGCUUCCCUGGAUUCAAUGGAGAAUUCUGCAGUAUAGUGCUGCCUCCGUAUGACUUUGCAACGGAUAGCUACAUAACCUACGAGCUCCUAGACGAGUCCUUGUACAACGAUGCCCGAUCCUCUAACUACCAUAUCAUGGUGAGGUCAAGACAAGAGAAUGGACUCAUCUGGUCAAUCUCCAGUGCUAACACCUAUGAAUACAUUAGAAUGGAGAUGGUUGCUGGAGAACUCCAAGCCGACUGGCAUCUUGGAGAUAAACCUGUGUCUGUCACCAUGGGCAACUUCAGCAUCAACGACGGGGCGUGGCACGCCAUCAACUUUGAUCGUUAUGACUCCGUGGUGACCAUCAAGAUCGAUGGGGGAGGCGGAGUCAAGGAGAUCCAGAACAGGGAAAGUGCAUUCUCUGGAUUGGACAUUGACAGCAACUCCCUGGUCAUCGGAGCAUUUGUGGACCUCAACACUGUGACGGACGACUUCAUGGGCUGUAUGAAUGACCCUAGGAUAGACAACAACUUCCUCGGUAUGGAGGGCAGCAAUGAGUAUGCCACAGCCACCCAGUCUGCUGGAGUGUCAGAAGGUUGUCCCUCGGAGGUCUGUGACAGCAACCCUUGCCCUGGACAAGACCUAGUCUGCACAGACUACUGGAGAUUCUAUGAAUGCGAGUGCCCUGUUGGUGAGGAGCUCUCGGGACCAGAGACCUGCUUGGCCAUCAUCGACUGUGACCCCAACCCCUGCUACAAUGGAGGAACAUGCACAGAGGGGGUUCCCACCGGCUUCAACUGCACCUGCGCUCCCACGUACUAUGGAACACAAUGUGAAGCCACGAUUGGUGGACAAGGAGCAUCACUGGGCAUCACUCCCCUGGGCAUCAUCCUCAUGAUCAUCUGCAUUCUGCUGAUCAUUAUUCUCCUCCUUGGCUUGGUGCUCUACACCCGACAGCGGGAUCGCAAGUCCGCCCUCACCUUCGCCAUCGAUCCCGAAGACGACAUCAGGGAGAACUUCAUCAAUUACGACGAGGAAGGCGGAGGAGAGGAAGAUAACGACGCCUACGAUCUCAGCACGUUGCGUAAACCCGUGGAUGCUAUCAGCGCUGGUAGUAUAGAGAAGAAGCCGGCCAUGCCUGUAUCAGAGGUACCCGUUGGUAACAGACCAUCCGGCGUUGAUCCCAACGUAGGUGACUUCAUCAAUGACCGCCUGAAAGGGGCCAACGACGACCCCGAAGGGCCGCCGUACGACGAGCCCCACGUCUACGACUUCGAGGGCGACGGGUCGUCGGCCGGCUCCCUCAGCUCCCUCAACAGCAGCAGCACCGAGUCGGAGCAGAACUACGACUACCUCAACGACUGGGGACCACAGUUCAGGAAGCUUGCCGACAUGUACGGCAGCUAGAAGGGGAGGAGGGUGGACUGUGUGUGUGUGUUUGCGUUUCGCAGCAUUUGCUCUAGUACUUGACGUUUUAAACUCUAUUCGUAAGAAUUGGUUUAAAAGUGUGAUUGAUUACAGUUGUCAUGUGAUAAACCCUUUAGCACCUUCCGACUAUUGUCCUUUUCUCACUUGGAGAGUUAACUGGAUAUUGUUUUGCAAGGUUCUUUAAUUUAGAGAAAGUAAAUUCCCACCAACAAAAUUCUUUUUGGUGAAGCAUAAACAUCAGACUCCCCAAAGGUAAAGCCAAUGUGUAUUUCAUCAUAAUAAUUUGCCGUUGUAACAGAUAAACGUUUACAGGGAGUAUGUGGAGAGUGAUAUUCAGGUGCUAAAGGGUUAAUCACUCUUAAAACAUGAUAGUUUUAGAUGUUUACUUGUACAAGAAAUCAUUGCUUACAUGUACAUUCUAGACAAUUCUAAUCAUCGGGGGAUAGUAGUUGCGUGACCGUCCUUCAUCUAGAACUAAUGUGGGUGAUGAAGUUCUUGUGUAAAUGUAUUUUAAAUUUGACGUUAUUUUGUUAAGUUAAAAACCAAAUAUUUGAGCAAAUUUAGAAAAUCUAUGUAAUGAUAGAUUUCUUUCUUCAUAAAAAGGUUGUUUUUAAAGAAGAUCAGUUUAAUUGCAUUUUCUGUGUUAAAAUCAGUAAUUUUUAUUCUUCAGUGCAAGUAAUUUAUGAAUGUACUUUUUCCCAAAAUACAGUUGCUGUAGUCCUUAUACCAGAUGUAUGCACUGGAAGUAUACUUUUGCAAAAAUUAUAUUAUCUUUGUGGCGUCAUAGAAAUAUAUGUAAAUGAGCAUUUUGAUUAACUUGAUGACAAAUGACCGAAAAGCAGUAUCAGAUUUAUAAAACAAAUUGAAAAUCCUGUUCAGAAUAAAUGAUACAAAUUCAAUUACACCAAAGAAAUGCCAAAAUGAAAUAUUUUUAGUAGCUAAAAUUUGUUUAAUGAAGAAAACAAGUAGAGAGCUUUAAUCCUCCUUUUUUUAUAAAUAUGAAACUGAAUUGGAUGUAAAUAAUAUGAUUUCAGUACUGAUAUUUUAAAGCAUGUAUAGUUGCUAAAAAAGAAAAAAAAAUUGGACAGUCUUUUGCAAUCUGUCAAGCAAUCAAGCAUUUUUAGAAAUAUUUUGUCAUGUAUGUUUGGGAAUUUGAAUAGUUUGUUUGCAUGGCAUAUGCAUGGCGGUUUAUGAAGUUUGAAGUAAAUGGUAAUUAGAACACAGUCGUAAAUCUUGUUUCUCUGUGUUCCAAUUGACAUAAAAAACAUGCAUUGUGAUUUUUUUUUAAAUAAAUAAUUGUGAGGAUUGUUUGAUCAUGCACUGUGAUAGCUUGUGUACAUUUAGAAAUUGCGAACCUAUUUUCUACAAAGGGAUGGAACUUCCGGAAGAGUGGUCAUCAAGUUUUACAGAUUUCUUUUUUUUUAAUUCAGUAAAUCAUCUCGUCAGCUGUCUUCAUUGCUGUUUAAUACACCAGUAGUACUAGUCAGCAAAGCGCGUGUUUUCAUGCUUGAAUCAGUUAUUCUUAGAAACUGCCAAUUUAAGACCAUAACUUACAAGAUACUGCAUUUGUUUAGUAAUCAUGCUUGGCUUCAAACAAGAUCAUUAUCAGUAUACCCAGAUAUCGGGUGCUAGGUGCUCCAGUUCCAAUGUUUGUUGUUUUUGUUAGGCACUGAAUAACAGAUUGAAGGUUUGUAAACAUGUGGGGGUGUUGUUCUCUCUCUCUCUCUCUCUUCUGCUUGAGUGCACCAAUGUGUGAAAUAUAAAAUCAUACACAUGUAUUGGGAGGAGAGGAAAUACUACAUUCUUAACACUAGCACCUUUAAUACAUGAGCACCAUACACUAGCACCUUACACUCUCCAUGAAAGAGAACUCUCACGUUAACCGUGAACUUGUUCAAGCUGCUAGCAGUCGUUUGCUGAUUUUUGCUUUAACCGAUGAUUAAUGCAGUAAAGAUGCUGCUGGAAGAUCACUCUUUUUGCGUUGUGUUGAGUGAAAAUAUUUUUAAAUCAAAGUUCAUUUUGAAAUUGUUUUACUGAAAAGGUGAAGAAAUUCGUGAUUUCAAACAGUAACUGCGUGAUUAUAAUGUUAUUUGCUAUGUGCAGAGACUGAUGAAAAAAUUCUUUGAAAUCUAACCCUUUUUUAAACCGGUAAUCGAUACAGUAAACAAUAUUGCAGUGCCUUUUAUAGCUUUUAAUGAUAAUGAUAACUAUUCGUUUUUAAAACCUGUAACACUUAUUGCAUUUGAAAUACCAAAUAUAUUUGUGCACAUGCCAAGGUACACAUAUUCAAUUGUAAAUAUGCAGCAAGUAUUCAAGAAAUAUUCACACGUACUCAUGUAUUCAAUCGUUUUUGCUUUCAUUCACAGGAAAAAUAUUCAUGUUUGUGUUAAUGUGGGAAGGGGCCUGAAAUACUUAAUUUAAAUAACAAGGAUUUUGUAUGAACAACAAUUAUUAGGGAAACGGCUCCAGUAACAAUUUUUUUAUUUCUUAUUUAUAAUUGUAAUGCCUGUGUAAUUUGCAAGUAGUCAAUUUUCUUGUGUUAAAAUCGAUUCUACUUUUGUGUGUGUAUUUAUGAUGUUAAUUUAUCAUUCUAUUUCAUCAGUGCUCUUUAAGGGGACCUGUUAUCCAAACAGUUAUUUCUAUAUCGUGAAUAUCAAAAGGAACCAAAAUCAAUUUCAUUCUUCCCAAACCAUAUAAAAACAUACUAAUGGUUAAAGAACAUAAAAGGGGAAAUAUACGUUUGUUAUUUUGAAGCCUGCAUUGAAGUAAGAGGAGUUUCCAUGUGUGUCAACUUUAACUCCAUGUCUACUCCCAGGCUGCUUCUAUCUCCACAAAUAGUCAACAUUUUGAUAUUAAACUUGUAAUAUCUGUUUCACAAAAGGAUAUUUACUCUGAUUUUGUGAAUAUUCAAUACCACAAUUAUGGAACCCAAAUGCACAGACCAUUUGUAUCUCUGAUUUUGGUGACAGGUUCCCUUUAGAUUACUGAGAUAAUAUUCUGAUAAUCUAUUUAAGAUUUAUGUAUAUACUUUGUACAUGAUAUGGUUAAACCACCAAAGCAAGUUUGAUAAGAAAUGAUGUAUACAAUCAAAUUCAUUCUGUGUGUUCAUUACUUCUUCCUAAUUAAUAGCUUAACAGCCCAGCUUUUCCAUGAUAGUUUAAAAAUUACACACUAGCUCUUCCUGUAGCAGCAGUAUUCUCACAGAGAUUAAAGUUUGAUAUUUUGCAAAAGUUUACUAUUGUACAUAAAGGUAGGUCUUAGAUGUGAUGUUUGUAUAUCUUCAAAUCUUGGAAAGGAAAUUGUACAAGUUUUAUGUUCUCGAUUGUGUAGUAUUUUAGCCCUUUGACUUUGUUUUUAUCGUCUUUUGAAAGCCAAAAAGGAUGUUAAAUCUGUAUUGAAAUAUACGACUUAUCGCCCCUCUAGCUCUCAAUAAAACAUUGUAUUCCUUGCCUGAUGAAAACUUUUUUAAUUACGAUUGUUAAAGUUUUUAUAACUUCAACUUCAGCUUCAAAUUAAGCGUUUGCUUAAAGUUGGACAAAAUAGAUCCACACAAAUUUUCGGUUGACACAAAUAUAUUUACUUUGUAAGGCUUUUACCUACAGAGGAUAGCAGAUUUUGUCACAGGCGGUAAAAACUAGCCGCAGGCGGGGGCAAUGACAGCCCCGAUUUGGGAGAGAAUGCUAUUAUUUGUAGGGGAGAAGCCUUCCAAAGUAACUCAAACAAAUGAUUGUGUCAACAGAAAAAUUGUUCUGAUCUAAUGCACUGUUCAGAUGUACUUAGUAGUAACAAAUACUAAUACACGUUAAAUUUUCCACGACUUGAAUUCUUGAAAGAGUUUGAAAAUUCUGUGACAAGACUUUUUCUUCAUAACUUGUUCAAAUAUUUUAAAAUCCUAUUAAGAUCUUUAUUUAUCAGCACUAUGUAAUUGAUUAAUUUAUUGAUGCCCCUGUGCUUUGUUUUUAUAUGAUAUCAGUACUUCUCCAAGUCUGUAGUUAGGAACUGUCUUUGAACAAGAGACUUAUUGUAAAUUUCUAGAGAAAUUUCUAUGUGCGUUUCAUUCUCUGUAUUUUCAGUCGGUGUCAUAAAUUGGGCUUUUUGCUAGUACACUGCAUCUAAAUGGCGUAGUUGUAGACACAAAAAAAUUGCUGCUUGUUUUUACAUUUUUCAUGCAGGUUUGAAAUAAAUCCAUUAGAAAUAUU